CAGUACGCUAUCAACACAGGAAAUCUAGUGACAUUAGCGCCCCAACAGAUAGUGGACUGUAUAUAUCCCGGUCGUGAUGUCUGCAAAACAGGCGGCGACGUCGUGGACGCCAUUGAACUGGUCAUCAAAGAGGGUGGUAUUGAAAAGGAGUCGGACUACCCAUACCGGGCCGGUUCGGGAAUCUGUCAGUACUCCAAGAGUAAGAAAGCCGUUACCGUCACCGGUUUAAACACUGUACAGUACGGUGUGGAGGCAGCCCUCAAGAGCGUCGUGGCUCUCGUGGGACCGGUAGCCGUGACCAUCGAUGCCGGCCACCAAAACUUCCAACUCUACACGGGCGGUGUCUAUGUUGACAGCGCCUGUCGUAACGAUUUCCAGAGUCUUAAUCACGCAGUUCUGGCUGUGGGUUAUGGCAGUGAGAGGGGACAGGACUACUGGCUUAUUAAGAACUCGUGGGGCGCUCAAUGGGGAGCUCAGGGCUAUAUUAAAAUGGCCAGGAACAAUAAUAACCAGUGCGGUGUGGCCACCUAUGGUGUCUACCCUACCACUGUUUAC